GGCUUAAUCACAACUACCUUCUAAGUGAAAGCUCCCCCUUUCUCAAAUCUUAUACAUUCAUCAGAAAACCCCAGGCAUGUAGACAAAACGUGAAAGUAGGCGAGUAUCACCUGUGGGCGAUCAACACCAGCACCAGUGAGGACUGUCUGUACCUGAGCGUGUGGCAGCCGUCCCCUGCACCCAGUGGGGCCGCUGUUAUGGUCUGGAUAUACGGAGGGUCGUUCCAGACGGGAGCGUCCACAGCUCCCACAUACGACGGGCGGUACCUCGCAGCCACGGAAGGGGUGAUCGUGGUGGGGCUGAACUACCGGCUCAGCACGCUAGGGUUCCUGUACGCCGGGACGGAGGACGCGCCAGGCAACGCCGGCUUCACAGACCAGGUCCUGGCGCUGACGUGGGUCAAGAACAACAUCGCGGCGUUUGGAGGCGACCCAGAAAAGGUGACUCUGUUCGGCGAAAGCUCCGGUGGAACCAGCGUCGCUUUCCACUUGUUGUCUCCGGGUAGCAGGGACCUCUUCCACCGCGCGAUCCUGCAGAGCGGGACAGCUCUCAUAACCUGGGGACGAGACACCAAGGACACUGCGUACGAGAAGACCCUGAAGAUAGCGAAAGCCGUGGGAUGUCCGACAGACCAGGGCAAGGAUAAGAUGGUGGAAUGCUUCCGAGGCAAGGACGGGCAACAACUUGUUAGUAGUUCAGUACUGGGAUACACAAGUUUCUACCCCAUCGAAGACGGUACUGUCAUCCCAGAAAGCCCUUUCGUUUCUUAUGAGAAGGGAGCCUUCAAGAAAGCAGAUAUCCUCAUCGGAUCCAACGAAAACGAGGGGACCUACUUCCUCGUCGACUACCAGGCGCCCGGGUUCAGCGGCUCCACGGAAAGCCUGAUCAGCAAGCAGCAGUAUCUUGAAGGCAUCCCGUACAUGGUGGCCGAGAUCAACGAGUUCGCCGUGACCGCUGCGGCGUUCCAGUACAUGGACUGGGAGAACCUGAACAGCUCGACCAUGUACCGCGACGCACUGGACUCUCUCUACUCGGACUUUUACUUCGUCUGUCCAGACGUCAUGACUGGACGAGGCCAUGUGAGGGAGGGGGCGACAGCCUACAUGUACAGGUUCGCCCACCGCGCCUCCAUCUCGCCCUUCGCCCCCUGGAUGGGAGUCAUCCACGGGGAGGAGCUGCCGUUCGUGUUCGGGCUGCCACUGGACCCGGCUUACGGCUUCAACCAGACGGAGAGGAACCUGACUCGUAGGGUGAUGCGGCACUGGGCAAACUUCGCCAGGACAGGAAACCCGAACAGUAACAACGAGACGACAUGGUGGCCCUUCAGCGUGACGGACGGGCGGUACCUGGUUCUGGACACGGGGGAGCCCCGGAUGGUGCCCGGGCCGAGCACGGAGAACUGCGCCUUCUGGGAUACCUACGUCACGCCCCUCAUGAACCAAACGGACGCUUUGAAGAAUGAACUGGAGACCUGUACCUCAGGAGCGCAAGGACAGCACCUUACAGGGAGAUUUGAGGGGAUUGUGGUAUUUUGUAGCCUGAUGUUCAUCUUUAUUCAGCUGCUGCGCUAGAACCAUAUGUACAUACUGUUUCUCUGGGUACUGGAUAGGCCAAUCUUGGGGAUGGAUACUAGGCAAAGUGCUUAAUAUUUGCUUUAUUGGUGUUACAAAAAUAGAAUUAUGUUCUUGUUGUAGGUGUGUAAGUAUAUUCAACAUUUUAAUCGGUUUUCAAAAAUCCAAUCUCAUGUUAAGUGGUCUUAUUUCAGACUUAAUAGAUUGC